AUGGAGUAAAUAAGAAAACAAGGUUUUAUAAUUGUUUUAUUUGGUGGAGAAUUAGCUGUUGGUAAAUCAACUAUUGCUCAAAGGUAUUGUGGAAUUGAUUAUUAAUGUGGUUUGAAUUUAUAAAUAACUUAAAUAGACACAUCAGGUGAAGAAAUACAAGGAGCUGUUACUAUGAAAAAUUACUUUAGAUUACUUUUGAAAGGUGGUUGCUUAAUUUUAGUUUAUGAUAUUACAGACAGAAAUUCUUUUGAAGAAAUGACUAAAUAUUAUUUCGAAUCAACGAAAAUUUAGGAUAGGAAAUUUACCUACCUUCUGCUUGGAAAUAAAUUAGACAAAUAUUCUAAUAGACAAGUUAGCUUUAAUGAAGCAAAAUCUUUUUCAGAUUCUUAUGGAAUUUUAUUUUUUGAAGUAUCUGCAAAAUAUAAUGUAAAUAUAAAAGAAGCAUAUAAUUAGCUUAUAGAAGAAACCAUUUAAAGAAUAAGCUUUUUUGAAACUUGUUCAUAUUAAAAGAAAUGA